CUUCCACUUGCUCUUCUCCAUGGCGCACAAGGAAAACCCAUGUUGGUAGAGCUCAAAAAUGGUGAAACGUUCAAUGGCCAUCUGAUUCAAUCAGAUAACUUUAUGAAUUUGACUAUGAGAGAAGUCUAUCUAACAAGUUCGGAUGGUGAAAAGUUUUGGAAACUUUCAGAAUGUUAUAUCAGGGGUAACACAAUAAAAUACAUUCGAGUGACCGAUAACGUGAUUGAUAUUGUAAAACAGCAAGAAGAUUCAUAUCGACAACAGAAUCGAUCGGCACGUGGUGGAGCUGGUAAUGGUACAGAUCGUGGUGGAUCAGAAAGAGGU